AGUUGUUUUAUGCUUUAGCUUUUGUUCUUCUUCUCUUCUUCAGUUUCGGCGUGGUGAAGAAAACGCUCGAGUGAUAGAUAGAUAGAGAUCGUUUGGGGGAAAACCGUUAAACUCUCAUGCCAGAUUCCCACUGCCGUUUCUCACACGGCGGAAUCCUUCUUUCCGAUAACCACCGGAGGAGUUACGAUUCGCCGUCGCUGAUACUUUGUAUUGAAGAAUGACGUUCUUAGAUCUCCAAUGAAAGACGGAGGAGACUAUUCGAUUUUUGUCUAUUUGAUUCGUGUUUUUGGGAUUUAGAUUUUAAGCUUUUGUCGGAGAAUCAGAUGAAGUCGUUACGGCGAAGCCACACUUCAACGUCGUCUGCAAAUUCGUCUUCCACUUCGUUACCAUCUUCUUCAUCUUCUUCUACGACUUCUACUUCACCUCCUUCGUCUUCUUCGUCGUGGAUCCAUCUCCGAUCGGUUCUCUUUGUGGCUAAUCCUUCAUCUCCAUCUUCUGUAACUUCUUCCGAUCGAAGCAGCCGACGGAAGUCACCGUGGUCUCGCCGGAAAAGAAAACGGCCCUUGACGCCGCAUCAGUGGAGGAGUUUAUUUACUACGGAAGGGAAACUUCGUGAUGGCGGGGUUAGGUUUCUGAAGAGAGUUAGAAGCCGAGGUGUUGAUCCAAGUAUUCGUGGAGAAGUGUGGCUUUUCUUGCUCGGAGUCUAUGAUUUGAAUAGUACUAGUGAGGAACGGGAAGCUGUUAAAUCACAAAGAAGAAAUGAGUAUGAGAAACUACAAAGACGGUGCACGAUGCUUCUCAAGCGCGGCGAUGGAAGUACCGAUGAUCUUGAGGAAGAAGCAGACGAGCAAUACGUUAGAUUCAUGGAUGAUUGCAAGACUACCAAACAAAUAAUAAACCAAGACGUGGUCUCUGCUGUGAACACUGAUUCUUCUGAUACUGACUCUUGCGAAGACGACGAUGAAGAUGUUCAGCUGCUUCCUUCUGAUGUAUACAGUAAUAACUCUGAAGAGAAUAAUACUUCUCUUUUUGGUGAGAUUCAAGUAGAAGUAACUGUACACGAAGACUUCUCUACAUGGCAACGUAUCAUCCGUCUCGAUGCUUUACGUGCUGAUUCAGACUGGGCCACUUACUCCUCAUCCUCGACCACAAUCACAGAAACCAAAGCUCGCGGUCUAGCCGAGUCCGUCGCCUUAAAAGACUACGACCACUUAGAAACCUGCCGUCUCCACCACGCCGCGCGCCUCGUAUCCAUUCUCGAAGCCUACGCUCUCUACGACCCCGAGAUAGGCUACUGCCAAGGAAUGAGCGACCUCUUAUCCCCCAUCCUCGCCGUCAUCUCCGAAGACCACGAGGCCUUCUGGUCCUUCGUCGGUUUCAUGAAGAAAGCUCGCCACAACUUCAGGCUAGACGAGGCAGGGAUCCAGAGACAGCUCCGCAUCGUGUCCAAGAUCAUCAAAUCCAAAGACUCUCAGCUCUACAAACACUUGGAGAAUCUCCAGGCGGAGGAUUGUAGCUUCGUCUACAGGAUGGUGCUUGUGAUGUUUAGGAGGGAGUUGAGCUUUGAGCAGACGCUUUGUCUGUGGGAAGUCAUGUGGGCUGAUCAGGCUGCUAUUAGAGCUGGCGUUGGGAAGUCCACGUGGAGUAGGAUCAGGCAGCAAGCGCCGCCGACGGAUGAUCUGUUGCUGUAUGCGAUCGCGGCGCUGGUGCUGCGGAGGAAGCUGAUCAUACAGAGGUACAGUAGUAUGGAUGAGAUUGUGGAAGAGUGUAAUAGCAUGGCGGGUCAGCUUGAUGUCUGGAAGCUUCUUGAUGAUGCUCAUCAUCUUGUGGUGACGCUUCAUGAUAAGAUUGAAACUCUUUCUUCUCGGUCUCUCAGUGUUUGAUGAAAGUGUAAAGCCAGAAAUGAAGUGUUCUUUACUUACUACACAAAAUCCCUAUUGCACUCGUCUGGCUGUGUUUUGUCAAAAGGUUUGGUUCUUACCGUUUUACUUCUCCCUCAGGUUUUUCUUUCCUUUUUUUGUUUUGCUCAUAUCACACAAACAACAACACUAUACUAUCUAUAUAUGUCAUG